CGGAGCUGCGUCGUCUGCCGCAGCCGAAAAGUUCGCUGCGACAAGCUCUCGCCCUGCUCAAACUGUCGUCGGGCCGGUAUUCCGUGUGUCGUUCCGUCGAAUGACCGUCCUCCGAGAUGGGCGCGUCGGCUUGAGCGCGUUGCCGGCGGGUCGGUGCAGGAGGGUCCCCAUGAUGCGGAACCCGCGGGUGAACAGGUUAUGGAGCGGUUGAGAAACUUGGAGGAUCUGGUCAAGGAGCUUAGAGGACAGCUUGAGCAGGCGAGUGCUGGGGCGAGUCCUGCUGGGAGUGGCUCUGCUCAAGGCAAUUCUCCGUCUGAGGGGAGGCGAGAUGCAUCCAGUCCUUCAACGUCGACCACCUCGGACGUGCAAAAGUACUUUGGUAGGAUGGUUCUACAAGAUGGGAGCAGAGCGAGAUAUGUUGCCAGUGGCUUCUGGUCUCGCAUUAGUGAUGAGCUUGACGGCUUGAAGAUGGAUACUCGAGGACUUCCAAGCGGCGACGACGAGUCUUCGGACGAUGAUCUUCCUACAACUGCCCCCUCCACAAGAGAACUGGAGAGAGCCCCUUCAGAGCGACACGCAUUCUUAUUUCGGCACAACCUCACAGGUGCUGCCCCCGAGGUUGCAGAUCUACGCCCACUUCCAUCACAAGUCCCCUUUUUGCUCGACAUCUUUUCCGAGAAUGUCAACAUUGUCGCACGAAUCGUUCACAUGCCCACCAUCCGAAAAAUGAUCCGCGAGACCCGUAGCUCUGGCACGAGUCUCUCACCCGCCAAUGAAGCCUUGAUGUUCUCGAUAUACUACGCCGCCGUCACAUCGAUGGAGGAGGAUGACGUUACGACCAACUUUGGCUCGACAAAGGCAGAACUCAAUCUGAAAUACCGACUAGGUCUAGAACAUGCUCUGGCCAAGGCGGAUUUCCUGAACGAUCCAAACAUCGUGCUCGUCCAAGCCUUCGCCAUCUUUCUCAUGCUUGUGCGUCGUCAUGAUAACCCCAGAUAUGUAUGGAUGAUGACAGGACUUUUGAUCCGAAUGGCCCAGGCUCUUGGUCUCCAUCGAGAUGGAUCGAGGUUUCCACAUCUGACACCCUUUGAAGUGGAACAGCGACGAAGACUGUGGUGGAUGAUCUGCGUGAUUGACGUUCGAGCAUCUGAAGAUCAAGGAACAGAAUUCACGAUAUCCAGGGAUAGCUUCGAUACCAAGAUGCCCCUAAACAUCAACGACGAGGAUCUUGACCCCGAUACGAAAGAGAUGCCUCCUGCGCGAGAGACUCUCACCGACAUGUCAUUUGCACUCGCCAUGCUCGAGUUAUCCGACGUUUCAAAACAGAUCAUGGCCUCUCCCUCCCUGGGUCUCGAAGAACAGACCCGCCUGUUGGAUGAAGUCUGUGAGAAAGUUGAGCACGGCUACUUCCAGUUCUCGGCUGAAAGAGGAGAUAUUUUACACUGGGUAGGCCUUACAUGCCUACGCGUGAUGCGAUCCAAGUUGAUCCUUCUCAUCUACCUCCCUGCGCUUUUUGCGUCGCCGGAUGAGCGUUUCUCUGAAGAGGUUCGGGAUAAACUGCUUGUUGCGGCGAUAGAAGUUGCCGAGUACAACCACGCUCUAAAUUCCGAGCCAAAGUGUCGUCAAUGGCGGUGGAUAUACCAGACGUAUACGCACUGGUAUGCUAUCGUUUAUCUCAUGAUAGAGAUAUGCCGUCGAAAGUGGUCACCAGUUAUUGAAAGAGCCUGGGUUGAUUUGCACAGCAGCUGGUUGAUUCCAUCACAACACAACAUGUCAAAGCACUCGAGGGUUUGGGUGCCGCUGAGGAAGUUGAUGGCCAAGGCAAAGAAGCAGCGAGAGAUGGAGCUCGCCGAGAUACGAGCAAAUGGGGUCCCUAUCGAGUUACUUGAACAACGCGAUUCCCAAGUGCCUGCGCCUGCGAGCUCAGGGCCGUUUUCUACUGGAAAUGGGGAAGAGUCUUUUCUUGAGUACUGGAGAAAACUUGUCACUGGCUCUUUGGACCCCAGCAGGCAACCCCCGGUUCCU